AUGCACGACGAUGAUUCUUUGCAUGUCCUGCCAGUGCCGAUCGGGAAAAAGCGUAUCCCUAAAGCGUGUAGUGCCUGUCGGCAGUCUAAGGUUAAAUGCGAUGGAGAUCGGCCUUGUGGGAGAUGUCAAAAGAUCGAUAAGCAAUGCAUAUUCUUUGAGAUACCUAAAGACCCUGUCUCGGAGCGGCUUGAGGGCGUCGAGUCCGAGGUUCAAUAUUUGCGACGACAACUUGAUGAUAUGCAAGCAUUGAUUAACCAGCAUCAAAUAAACCAAAAUACAGGAUUUCAAGAGCAUGGUAUUGACUCUCCACAGCUAUAUCAUCAAGGAGAUAUACGCCGCGGUAGUGCCUGCACUUCGGCAUCCCAGUUUACUCACCCUCACCAGCAAGAUGGUGUAGGUGCUCUUACGGUCCACCCAAGCUCAGCUGAGUAUAUGGAUGGCUCACAUCAUUACCAAAGAUCUGUGUCGGAUGUUUCUCCAAAUGGGAUCACGACAGUGGCUCCAAUGUAUGAGCCGUCAAAUGAAGACAAUUUUCGACCCAAUAAGCGGAAGCGCUCCUGCUUUGAGAUUCGAGAAGAGUCAAUUGCAGAUUUUAUUGACAAGGGACUUAUAACACCGGAGUGCGCAGUCUCAUGCUUUAACACGUACGACAGAUAUAUUCCGAUUUUCGACCCAAAAUUUGAUAGCUUUGACUCCGUCCGAUCCCGAAGCAGUAUUCUCUUGAACGCCAUCUGCACCGUUGGCUGCAUGGUUGAAACAAGGACUGGCGGCCCAACUUCAGACAUGCUCCACGCCGAACUCAAAAAAUGGAUCAAUGUCAUAAUCCAAAACAAAGGACUUAACUGUCUCGAGUCCAUUCAGGCGAUGCUUGUUGUAGCAUGCUACUCCGCAGAGCGACUUCUCAUUCUAUCAUUCGCUACGCGGAUGGCACUGGAUCUUGAACUCCACGAGGCAUUUGAGGAGCUUAGUGAACGACUAGCGCACAGGAACGACGAAGAUGCGGCAGGGGUGCCGGAUCAUGACUUUGAGAAAGAGAGAGAUUUGAUGCGGAAGUCAAGGACUUGGUUUGGACUUUUGGUUUUGGAGCAUAUAUUUCGUGUUGAUGGAGGAAAGCCCCCUGGGAUUCGGUUGCUGGGGAAUUCAAGACGGAGUCGGAUUCUUCUUAGCCAUCCUUCGACGACGGUGCUUGAUCUGAGAUUGUUUUCUCAAGUUGAGAGGUAUGAGAGAAACGACCUCGGGCUGGAGGUCAUUCUCGCUGACUACUUAAUAGCCACUAUUAAUGAUAGCCUGGGACCUCGAACAAAACUUGAUGGUCCAGACAUUUCGGACUUCGUUCAUGAAAUGAAGGUGGAUUUGGACAUUUGGUUUGAUUCAAUUGCCGCACAGGAGGAAAGACCGUUCCUUCUGGCAGCCCUCAGAGUACAAAAAUGUUGGGCUGAGAUGAUGCUAAACUGCAAAGCCCUUCGAGCUAUGGGCGUUGAGAACGUUGCUACCAUGUCCCCAACUGAACGAAAAAUUCUCCACACAGCCAAAUCCAGCGCUCGACGACAUCUUCGUCUAAUGGUGAACGAGCCAGACUUCUAUCUCGCUAAACUUAAAUACGCGAUGGACUUUGUCUGGGCAAAAUGUGCCUUCGCAUUCCUCCUCCUCCUGAAACUCUCCCGACUCCUACCUGAACGCGACGAAGAACACGAGGAGCUUCUGGAACAUGGUAACCGGCUCGUUCAUGAAUUGAGCAAAGCAGGCUCUGAUACUAAUCAAACCGGAGCGGGGAACAUCUAUCUCCAGAUUCUCAAGGUUAGUAUUGAAAAAUAUGGACGUGCUUUACGAGAAUCGCAGCAACCGAGUACUGGCGGUACGACGGCGACGUCUCCGUUCUGGGAGCUGUUUGAUGCGCAGGCAGAUUUACAGUGGUUUGUACCGGAACAAUUUGUUUCGGAGUGGGACUUUCCCGGUCUAAAUCUGUUUUAUUUUCCUACUGCGUGGCAAGACUUUUUUGGGGAUUUCUCGCUGGCUAUGUGA